AUGCCAGUCUUCCUGGCCGUCAGCCCUGUCGCCACCCUGCAUGACCUUGAGGCAUACAUAUGCGAGCAAGAGAGGGUGCCUUCGUUUGCCUCCCUGGAGCUCGGCCCGCUGCUCAAGCAGCCGCUGGUCAUAUCGAAUUUCGCGCCGCCGCCGGUGCUCGACGCCGUGCCCAAGGUGACCGCAGGGGAAGUAGUGACUGAGAUGGCGGAGCUGCUGCGCAACACGCGGCCCGCGUACGGCCCCAACGCCAAGCGCGUCGAGGCGCGUGACAUCAUUGCGUCUCUGGCGUCCAAGCGCGGCGUCGACCCCCUUGCCCUGUGCGUGCGCGUCACGGGCCUGGGGCUGUUCGUCAAGAGCCUCGGGGCCAUCAUUGGGCAGUCGCGCCGCGUGGCGAACCAGCUGCGGGAAGCGGAGCAGCGCGCGUUGGACGCAGACCGCAUCCGCGCGGAGGACCUGACGCGGGCGCUCAAGUCCGCGCGCGCCGAGAUGCUGCGGACUGUGGAGCGAGACGUUCAGAGGGAGCGGGACGCGGCAAAGGCUCGCAUGCGGGAGCUUAUAGACACACACGCGGCCGCUUGGCUGAGGCAGGGAUCCGCGACCCGCGCCCUGGCCGACGCCCUGGAGCCACUUGGGCUCCGCCAGCUGUCACGCGCCGACCUCGGCCUGACGCCACGCCCACACGCCGCGGCGGUUGCGGCCGACAAUGGAGAGGGGCCUGCGGGGCGGGCUGGCGCCAGCGGGGGCCGGCAGGAGAGGUUCGGGGCCGGCAAGGGGAGCGGCAGCAGUAGUAGCAGCAGCGGCGGCAGUAGCAGCAACAGCAGCAGCGGUAGCGGCAGCAGCAGCAGUGAGGGCAGCGGAUCGAGCGGCGACGAGAGAAGCAGCGCGAGCAGCAGCGGCAGCAGCAGUGAUGAUGAGGAUGGCAGCGACGAUGGCAGCGAGGAGGGCGGUGUCGCAUGGGAGGAUCUGUUGGAGAUUUUGAGCCAGGAGUGGCGCCCGAUGAUGGAAACCCUACAGUCAGCGCAGUCCCGCAACCCUGCCUUGGACUUGUUCAAGGGGGCAGCUGAGGUGCUGGUGCGGCGCUUGGCACAGCGCGCCCUUCCUGCACCGCGGCUGGAGGCGGUGGUGAGGUACUGGCGGGAGGAUGCCCUGCCCCAGGUGCUGCUGCGCGCGUACAAAGCGGCCGCCGACGACGCCCACGGCCCCCGCCCGCGGCCGGAGGGCGGUGCUGGGGCCGCCGCGGCGCCCGGUGGCGGCGAGUGGGGCGGGGCCGCGGGGCCGCGGGCGGCGCUGGAAGACGUGCGGUCGAUGAUGCUGGAGGCGCAUGCGGGCUGCGGCAUCGACGCGCUCGCCGCGCUGGAGGACGCCAUCUUGCAGCACUGGCGCGCCCCGACGUUUGCCGCCCUCGGCCUCGCGCCGCCCGGGGCCUCUCUACUGCAGCUGCUCGCGGGUGACGACGCGUUGUCUGCGGCCCUCACAGGCCGCCAGGGUGCCAGCAGGGGCGGCCCCGGUGGCGGCGGUGGCGGCGGUGCGACCGGCGCAGGCGCUGAGUGGGCGAGCGUUGCGAGGGUCGCGCUGCAGGCGCUGGACGCGGCGGCGCCGGCCGAGGCGGCGGGCGGCACCGCUGCAGUUGCGGCUGCCGCGGCGAGCCGGGCGGAUGCGGCGUCGCUUGGGGCUGUGUGCGACGCGCUGUGCUGCCACUACAGCGUCCCCUGCGUCGAGGCACUCGGCUUCGGGCCGGCGCGCCGGCUGCUCUCGACCGCCGCGGCGCAGGCCGCAUCCCCCGCAUCGGUCGCCGCCGCGGGCGGCGGCCCGGCCGCCGGCCCCCUCAUCAGUGCCGCCGCGCUCGCCGCCGACGCCCGCGCCAGCUCGGCCGCGUCCGUCGGGCCGCUCUGGGCGCCCGCCGCCGCCCGCGCGGCCGCGGCUGACAUCCUGGCGCCCUCGAUGGCCGCGGCGGCCGCGGCGGCGCUGCGCGCCGCGCCGGCUCUCGCUGACCUUUCCGCUGCCACCGGCUGGGGCGCCCUGUUCGGCGCGGCCUGCGGGCCGUUGCCCGACUUUUUGUCGGAGCAUGGCCCUGGGCUCGGCAUCGCAGCACUGCAGCUGCCGGGCGGCUGCUUGAUCAAGGUGCCCGCGGAAGCCAACGAGCAGCUGCUGGUCUCGUCGCUCAUCAAGGGCGACGCGAGGGGCGCCACAUCCCAGCUGCUGGCGCUCGUCGCCCAGGCAGGGGGCGUGGCGAGGGCGCCCCUCGCGCUCAUCGCCGCGCAUAUGCGCGCCGCGCUGCUGGCGCUCGGCGCCGACGCGAGCCAAGAUGACGGCGGCGGCAGCGCCGCCGCCGCCGCCGCACAUGACCAGGCCUCAGCCGAGAGCUUGGGAGUCGGUGGCUCGGCCGGCGGCGGCGGCGCGCGCGGUGCACCGGGCCAGCAGGGGGUGCUCAUCGGCCACGCGGCGCGCCGCGCGGCGGCGGAAACGGUGCUCGCGUGCCUGCGGCUGCUGCCGGCGCCGCUGGCGGCGGCGCUCGGCGGCAGGGCGCUGGUGGAACCGCUUGAUUCGGUGCUGGGCGGGGCCUCCGAGGGCCACAGGGCGCUGCUGGAGGCAGCGGCAGCCGCCGGGGCCGGCGGCGGCACUCACGUCGGCCUGCCCGCGGCGCGCCCGCUGCUGCACGCGCUCGGGUUUGCAUUGGGUGUUGAGGAGUGGCAGGACGACUUUGCCGCGUGCUGCGCGGCGGCGGAGGCGGCCGCGGCGCGCGACGGCGGCGGCGCUGGCCGUGCGUCUUGCAUGGAGGCGGCAUCGCAGCAGGGUGGCGCGGCCGCCGGGAGCUUCGCGGGCGCUGCGGCCGCCAGUGGCAAUGGCCGCAGCGGCGCGCGGGAGGACGGCGACAGUGCAGGAGCCAGCGGCGUCGGCGCUGCUGGCAGGGAUCCGCUGGCGCUGCUGCUGCGCAGCGUGCGUGGUGGUGGUGGUGGUGGCAGCGCGGCGGACGGCGGGGAGGGCGGCACGGAGGGCCAGGAGCAGCAGCAAGGGCGUAAGCUUGAACCGGGACCUGGAGCGGAGGUGGGGCCAUCCGUCGGCCCUGACGCCGGCGUGCUUGACAGCGCGACAGCACACGCCACCAUGGGCGCGGCCGUGCCCGAAAGCAGCACCCCGACUCCCGUGGCGCGCGGCUCGCCGCAAGCCAGCAACGGCGCAGCCGACGGCGGUGCGGCGUCUGGCGCCGUCGUGGUGGCGGCGGGCGGCCGCGAGGCGGCGUGCCGCGAGCAUGUCGCGCGCAUCAGGCGGGAGCUGUAUGGCAUCGGCGUUGAGAUGCGGGGGGAGGCCGGCCAGGUGGCGGAGAACCAGCGGCAGAUGAUCGGGCGCACCCUCAAGCGCCUGUCCCAGGACCUCUACUCUAAGCAGACCCACUUCGUGCUUGAGCUCACGCAGAACUCAGACGACUGCAACUACCCUGAGGGCGUGAUGCCGGCCAUGGAGCUGCUGCUCGGGCCCACCACCAUUGUCCUCACAUGCAACGAGGUGCACCGGGGGGCCCAGGGGGAAACGGUCGGCUACUCUGCAACAGACAUGGCCGCCCUGUGCGACGCGGGGCGCUCCACCAAAGCCGGGGUCACGGGCUACACAGGCGCCAAGGGGAUCGGCUUCAAGAGCGUGUUCAGCAUCUCGGCGCGCCCCGAGGUCCACAGUGCCGGCUACCAUGUGCGCUUCGACCUGGAGCGUGACCCUGACCUUGGUUAUGUGCUGCCGACCGACAUUGCCAAUGAGCCUCCAAGCAACGAGGUGGCAGGCCUGCUCACGCUCUCCAAGCUGGGGCUCUCCGCCGCGCCCGGCGCCGGCGCCACGACUGUCGUCCUGCCCCUGCGGCCCGACCUGCAGGGCGGCCCCGCGGCGCUGCGGCGCCGCCUCGAGGACAUGCGGCCCACGCUGCUGCUCUUCCUGCGCCGCGUGCGCUGCAUCGCAAUCACGGACGCCUCCGCCUCCCUCCAGCCGCCCGGCGGCGCGGCCGGGGCGGGCGGCACGGCGGGCCAUGCAGGAGGGUCGCCGCAAUCAGUGGCAGCGGAUGCAAGCGCCGGCGCGCCAGGCGGCAUAAGCCAGCUCAUGGUGCGGCGCGAGCUGGCGGGCCCAGGACUUAUUGAGCUCCGCAGCGGCCCCGACGCGCGCGACGCGAGCCGCUGGCUGGUGGUGUCCGACACUUUCGCGCCCGGCGCGGUGCGGCGGCUCGGGCUGGAAGUCGGGGAGACGACGGUCGCGCUGGCGUUCGUGCUGAGCGGAGGCGUCCCGCAGCAGCAGCCGGUGUUUGCGUUCCUGCGUGAGCGGGGUCGCGGGGUGCCGGUAUCGCUUUGA